UCGAAAGUGCGGAAAUUAAUGGUCACAUUCGAACGUAAGGAAAACUACGUCAUACACUAUAUGAAUUUGAAACAGGCCAUUGCAAACGGGUUGAUCGUCGAAAAAGUGCACCGAGUGCUACAAUUUAGACAAUCUCGAUGGCUUGCACCGUAUAUCGCGCUGAACACGGGGAUGCGUGCACGGGCGGCCAAUAAAUUCGAGGAGCAAUUUUUCAAAGACAUGAACAACAGUGUAUUCGGUAAGACAAUGGAGUCAAUGAGGAAACGUAUUAACGUAGAACUUGUGUCGUGCCCCGCCAGGAUGCGAAAACUGAUUAAUCGCCCGACGUUCAAACAAUGCACCAAUUAUAGCGAAAAUCUCGCUGCAGUGACUAUGCACAAUAAAGAGAUCGAUUUCUGCAAACCUAUUUACAUCGGGUUUGUCAUACUCGAGCGGAGCAAGGAGUUGAUGUACGAAUAUCAUUAUAACGUGAUGAAACGUCAUUACGGCGACAAUAUCAGCCUGUUGUACACCGAUACUGAUUCUCUGAUAUAUCACGUGAAAACACGCGAUUUUUACGACGAUGUGGCGAAUAAUCCGAACUUGCUGAACCGUAUGGACACAUCUAAUCUACCACCUGAUCACAGGUGCUACACUCUGGAACGUAUGAAAUUACCCGGUUACUUCAAGGACGAGAUUUCUGGCCGAAAUAUGCAUCGGUUUAUCGGAUUACGCGCUAAAUCAUACGCGUACGAUAUCGAGGGUGCCGUAAAUAUCAGGUCCAAGGGUGUCCGGGGACAUGUUAUUAGAAAUCACCUGACUUUCAACGAUCACAUGCGCUGUUUGUUCUCCGACGACGACGACGACGAUGACGACGAGGAUGGUCCGGACGCGGAUGAUUAUUACGAUAAGGAGUUCGACGCGUCAACAGGGAGGCUGAUAGCUCGAGAUUGCGCACGUAUUGUCAUUAAGCGCAUACACCGAAACGCUGCGAUUGCAGCGAUUCCACCGACAACACAACACCCGCCGACUACACCCCCACCACCACCACCAACACCACCAUCACAACAACAACAAUCCUACAUGCCGUAUACUGCGUAUAGAGAAAAUAUAUCUAUCCGAUCGUAUAAGCACCAAGUCAGCACGAUUAGGACUAGUAAAUUAGUCCUAAACAGAUUCGACGACAAACGACAUAUUCUCCCUAAUCGUAUUGAUACCCUCGCACAUGGGCAUUAUCGAAUUGAUUGA